UCUAUAUUGAAAAAUUAGCAAUUAAAUUUUGUUAGCAGAUUCUUUAAGACAACAUUACUAUAAUAACCUGUAAUGAGAAAAAGAACAAUUACACCAAUAUUUCCAUCUCCAGGAUAUAACUUACUCAUUCCAGAUUGGCCAGUUGAAUAAUUUAUGUUAAGAAUUGGAAAAGGUUGUUCAGAUUACUCUGAUAAAUUUGAAAAACUAAAUGAACUUUUCGAAGCAGAUAGAGUAUAUUCUUUGUAUUACAAUCUAGCAUUCAAUGAAAGAAAAGGGAAUCCCUCCAAAAGUUAGAAAAUAUAUAUUUUCAAUCAAAGAAUAAUUACGUCGAGGAGUACUCACAUUCGAAUAUUUAGAAAGAAGAACAUCACUCACUAUACCUAAGAAAAAAGUAACAAAAAAAUGAUUUUUUAUAUUUAUGGUAUAGUCUUUAUAAGUUUUAUCAGCAAA